UAAAACUCGAGCCUGUCAGAAACUUCCCAGAGUUUGAUCUGAUCGGCGAUGGAUUGAUAUUCUGAUCUAUCAUGUGUAUUGAUCAUCCAUAAUGCUCUCUGCUCUGCUACACGUGGCGCUGCCGCUCGCGCUCCUCGCCGCUCUGACGCGUAGUCGCGUGUUUGACGCGGUAGCGGUCGAUCUGACGUACGACCACUACGCGGAGCGGCGCGUGGACCACUUUCCCGCCUUCCUGGCGAUGCCCUGUAACUGUCUGGUCAACCUGCUCUACGUCAUCACGGGUCUCUACUGGCUGCUGCGUCACAGUGACGUAGCAGAGGUCGAGCAGAGCCGCUACCUGCGACAGGUGUUCUCUAUCAUGUCCAUCCUGUACGCAUUUGUGCAGUGGACGCGCCUGGCGGUGUUGAAGCGCGCUCCCGCGGUGCUGGACCAGUGGGUCACCUUACCGAUCUUCGCCUGGGUCCCGGUUUGGAUCGGCUUCAUUGAGCGCGGCCCCGCAGGGUGGCGCGCGCGGCAGGCGGCGGCGCUCGAGCUGCUGUCGGUGCUCAGCUACGGGCUCGCGCUGCUGCACGAGCGCGGCUUCGAGGCGGCGCUGGGCGGUCACGUGAUCCUGGCGCUAUAUAAAGGGGUGCGCGUGCAGGGGAGGCACGGGGACGCGCGAACGCGCAGGUUCCUCCUGAUGGCACUCCUCUCCUGUUCUGGGUUCGUUCUCCUGAAGCUCCUAGACCUCCCGUUGGCUCGCUACAGAAUGUUCCAGAGAUUCACCGGACACUUCUGGUCCAAAGUCUGCGACGCUGCUCAGAUCCACUUUAGCUUAUGCUUCCUGACUGAGAUGACAACCAGGACCACCAGGAAGACUGGGUCCAAGCGGGACUGAGAGAGUCUGGAUGGACUGUUUUUGAUGAACUGUUAAUUACAAAUGUCUGAUCCUGAUCCUGGAGAAGAACAGGAUCCCCUCUCUGUCUGUUCCCUGAUCCUAGAGAAGAACAGGAUCCACCUCUGUCUGUUCGCUGAUCCCUGAUCCUAGAGAAGAACAGGUUCCUCCUCUGCCUGUACCCUGAUCCUAAACUUAGAGAAGAAUAGGAUCCUCCUGCGUCUGUUCCCUGAUCCUGAUACUAGAGAACAGGUUCCUCUGUCUGUUCCCUGAUCUUAGAGAGGAAUAGGUUCCUCCUCUGUCUGUUCCCUGAUCCUGAUACUAGAGAACAGGUUCCUCUGUCUGUUCCCUGAUCUUAGAGAGGAAUAGGUUCCUCCUCUGUCUGUUCCCUGAUCCUGAUACUAGAGAACAGGUUCCUCUGUCUGUUCCCUGAUCUUAGAGAGGAAUAGGUUCCUCCUCUGUCUGUUCCCUGAUCCUGAUACUAGAGAACAGGUUCCUCUGUCUGUUCCCUGAUCUUAGAGAGGAAUAGGUUCCUCCUCUGUCUGUUCCCUGAUCCUGAUACUAGAGAACAGGUUCCUCUGUCUGUUCCCUGAUCUUAGAGAGGAAUAGGUUCCUCCUCUGUCUGUUCCCUGAUCCUGAUACUAGAGAACAGGUUCCUCUGUCUGUUCCCUGAUCUUAGA